AUGCGCUGUGUUGAAUCAUCAACUGUUGGUAUGGGUAUCUACACCGACGGCCUAAGCACCCAUACCAGCGACUGGCAGCCCCCUGAGAAUCAUACUAUAACUGAUUCAACCUCGAAUCCGUCAAGCCUUUUAUCCAAUAUGCAAAGCUACCAUCAGUUUAUUCAUUUAACAGCCCCCGAAAUGACCACCGGGAAUGUUUCGACGUCUCUAUACAGUUCGAUGGACGAAACAGUAGGACUUGCUGUCUACGCCCCACGGUGGAGAUAUUCGGAAGAACAAGGCCCGUGGACGUACAUCCAGUGUCCCUUUUCUCACGACCUAUUAAGCACCAAAAGCUGUGAAUGGUGUGGCCAGCCUCCCAGCAUUUCGGAGGGAAACAUGCCGAGUCAAUCCUAUUGCUGCCCUCCUUCCGCUACCUUUGGCGUAGAUACUGGGUUCGACCACACGAUCAUGACUGAGGAAAAUCAGCAUUCCCAGGGAGAUCAAACACCAUGCGAGGAACUUGCCUUAGCACCUUCUAUAAUCGACCCAUACUAUCUGGGCAGUACAGGUUUCGAUGGGAUGGAUAGUGGUGGGUGGCCAGGCAUCCCAUUGGCAGGGAGCAAUGGAAGGAAUACCCUCCGCGCAAAUACUCCAGUGCCUACAGAUCAAUCUACAAUCUUGGUUUAUGGUGAAGGGAUGAUGCAGAAUUCGGUGAUGGGUCCCCACCGCUAA